AUGAGCUGCCCCAGUCCAGCUGCAACCGACUCAGGUCCCGGCCCCUGCACUUUGCUCUCCUGCUUUUCUAUAAGUCCCGAGGCCCUGGUGGGGAGUGGGCGUGGGAGUAGCCCAAGCUGAGGCUAGGAGGUCCUCCCGUACUGUUCAGAGGGCCCCAAGCGAUAGCCACGUUCAGAUUCUGGCUGGAAGCCAGGGGAGGGAGCUUGGGGUAAGGGGAGGGCCCUGAGGGAGGGGUCAGACUCUUUAGGAAAGAGUUAAUGGGAAGCGGGGGAGGGGAUAGGACGAAGAGACCGAAGGGAAGGCUCAGGGCCGCCAACUUCCUGCCGCGGCGGCGACUUUCAGUUUCAUUUCCACGGACCCUCCUGCCUGGGCCGCAGCCACCGCCGCGAUGCCCAGUAAGUUCAACUGCCGGCAGCUCCGGGAGAUGGGCCAGCGCUUCGAGGAUUUCCUAGUCGCUGAGGGACUGGACAUGGAGACAGAUCGCGAGCGGCUCCGGACCAUUUAUAACCGGGACUUCAAGACCAGCUUUGGGAACCCCACCCCCGGCUUCUCCUCCAUGCUGUAUGGAAUGAAGAUCGCCAAUCUGGCCUACGUCACCAGGACUCGGGUCAGGUUCUUCAAACUCGACCACUGGGCCGACGUGUGGUUCCCAGAAAAGAGGAGAAUGAAGCUGGGCUCGGAGAUCAGCAAACACCACAGGUCACUGCUGGCCAAGAUCUUUUAUGACAGGGCUGAGUAUCUUCAUGGGAAACACGGGGUGGACGUGGAAGUCCAGGGGCCCCAUGAAGCCCGGGAUGGGCAGCUCCUUAUCCGCCUGGAUUUGAACCGCAAGGAGGUGCUGACCUUGAGGCUUCGGAAUGGAGGAACCCAGCCUGUCACCCUCACCCACCUCUUCCCACUCUGCCGGACUCCCCAGUUUGCCUUCUACAAUGGAGACCAGGAGCUGCCCUGCCCCCUGGGCCCUGGUGAAUCCUAUGAGCUCCAUGUCCACUGUAAGACCAGCUUCGUGGGCUACUUCCCAGCCACGGUGCUCUGGGAGCUGCUGGGACCUGGGGAGCCAGGUUCAGAAGGAGCUGGCACUUUCUACAUUGCCCGCUUCUUGGCUGGCAUCGCCCACAGCCCCCUGGCAGCACAGCUGAAGCCCACAACACCCUUCAAGCGGACCCAGAUCACUGGAAACCCUGUGGUGACCAACCGGGUAGAGGAAGGAGAGCGACCGGACCGCUCUAGGAACUAUGACCUGGAGUUAAGUAUGGCACUGGGGACAUACUGCCCACCCCUGCGCCUCCGGCAGCUGCUCCCCAUCCUUCUUCAGGGAACAAAUAUCUUCACUGCCCCAAAGGAGAUUGCUGAGAUCAAGGCCCAGUUGGAGGCAGCCCUGAAGUGGAGGAACUAUGAGGUGAAGCUCCGGCUGCUGCUGCACCUGGAGGAGCUGCAGAUGGAGCAUGACAUCCGGCACUAUGACCUGGAGUCGGUGCCCAUGACCUGGGACCCCAUAGACCAGAACCCCAGGCUGCUCACACUGGAGGUUCCCGGGGUGGCCGAGAGCCGCCCCUCAGUGCUACGGGGUGACCACCUGUUUGCCGUUUUGUCCUCUGAGACACACCAGGAGGACGCUGUUACCUACAAGGGCUUUGUGCACAGGGUAGAACUCGAUCGGGUCAAGCUGAGCUUUUCCGCGAGCCUCCUGGACCGCUUUGUGGAUGGGCUGACCUUCAAGGUGAACUUCACCUUCAACCGCCAGCCCCUGCGGGUGCAGCACCGAGCCCUGGAGCUGACAGGGCGCUGGCCGCUGUGGCCCAUGCUCUUCCCUGUGGCCUCCCGUGGGGUCCCGCUGCUGCCCUCCGAUGUGAAGCUCAAGCUGUACGACCGCAGUCUGGAGUCCAACCCGGAGCAGCUGCAGGCCAUGAAGCACAUUGUUAUGGGCACCACCCGUCCCGCCCCCUACAUCAUCUUCGGACCUCCAGGCACUGGCAAGACUGUCACCUUAGUGGAAGCCAUCAAGCAGGUGGUGAAGCACUUGCCCAAAGCCCACAUCCUGGCCUGCGCUCCGUCCAACUCAGGGGCUGACCUCCUCUGUCAGCGGCUCCGGGUCCACCUGCCCAGCUCCAUCUACCGCCUCCUGGCCCCCAGCAGGGACAUCCGCCUGGUGCCUGAGGAUAUCAAGCCCUGUUGUAACUGGGAUGCACAGAAGGGGGAUUAUGUGUUUCCUGCCAAGAAGAAGCUGCAGGAGUAUCGUGUCUUGAUUACCACGCUCAUCACUGCCAGCAGGUUGGUCUCAGCCCAGUUUCCCAUCGACCACUUCACACAUAUCUUCAUCGAUGAGGCUGGCCACUCUAUGGAGCCAGAGAGUCUGGUGGCCAUAGCAGGGCUGCUGGAAGUCAAGGAAGCAGACAAUCCAGGAGGACAGCUGGUGCUGGCAGGAGACCCUCGGCAGCUGGGCCCUGUGCUGCGUUGCCCACUGACCCAGAAGCAUGGACUGGGGUACUCACUGCUGGAGCGGCUGCUCACCUACAACGGCCUGUACAAGAAGGGCCCUGAUGGCUAUAAUCCCCAGUUCAUAACCAAGCUGCUCCGCAACUACAGGUCUCACCCCACCAUCCUGGACAUUCCUAACCAACUCUAUUACGAAGGGGAGCUGCAGGCCUGUGCAGACGUUGUGGACCGGGAGCGCUUCUGCCGCUGGGAAGGUCUCCCUCGACAGGGCUUUCCCAUCAUCUUUCACGGUGUAAUGGGCAAGGAUGAGCGUGAGGGCAACAGCCCAUCCUUCUUCAAUCCCGAAGAGGCUGCCACAGUGACUUCCUACCUGAAGCAGCUCCUAACCUCCUCCUCCAAGAAGGGCAAAGCUCGGCUGAGCCCCCGAAGCGUGGGCGUCAUCUCCCCAUACCGGAAGCAGGUGGAAAAAAUCCGUCAUUGCAUCACAAAACUUGACAAGGAGCUUCGGGGACUGGAUGACAUCAAGGACUUGAAGGUGGGCUCCGUGGAAGAGUUCCAAGGCCAGGAGCGCAGCGUCAUCCUCAUCUCCACCGUGCGGAGCAGCCAAAGCUUUGUGCAGCUCGAUCUGGACUUUAACCUGGGUUUCCUUAAGAACCCCAAGAGGUUCAACGUGGCUGUGACCCGAGCCAAGGCUCUGCUCAUCGUGGUGGGCAACCCACUCCUCCUGGGCCAUGAUCCUGACUGGAAAGCGUUCCUGGAGUUCUGUAAAGAAAACGGGGGGUACACCGGGUGCCCCUUCCCUGCCAAACUGGACCUGCAGCAAGGACAGAACUUACUCCAAGGUCUGAGCAAGCUCAGCCCCUCUACCUCAGGGCCCCGGAGUCACAACUACCUCCCCCAGGAGGGUGAAGGGGGCCUGCCCCUGCAAGUGGAGCCAGAGUGGAGGAAUGAGCUCUGAGGACACAGCAGCCAGCCUUCUCACACCAGCCAAGCCUUAACCUCCCACCCGACCCUGAGCUAGACCCCGAACCAGACCCCGGCCUGAACCAGACUCCAGCUGUGCCGUACCUCUGGGGGACAGGAAGGCUGGAGAGGGAGUUUACAACCACACCACCCCUUCCCUGCUGGGGAAAAUGACACAUCAAGCUGCUAACAAUCGGGGGAAGGUGGAGGAAAAAAGUCUGAAAAAAAAAUCUUUAUGCCUCCUUGUCUCCUCA